UUUUUUUAACGAAAAAAUCUUUUUCGUGACUGGUCAAGCCGAGUUUUAUAUGACAUCAACAGCAACAAACAAAAGUUGAACUCAGAUCGAUCAAUUCAUCUUUCUCUCUCGCUCCAUCUCUCUCUGCAUCGGCUUCUCAAAACGACAAUCCAAUGGUGAAUAGUGACAAAUCUUGCUCAACUCCGCUUAUUGAUGGGGAUGGUACAUUCAAUGUUGCCGGAAUUGAGAACUUUAUCAAGGAUGUUAAAUUGAGUGAUUGUGGGCUGUCAUAUGCUGUAGUCGCCAUCAUGGGACCGCAAAGUAGCGGGAAGAGCACACUGUUAAAUCAUUUGUUUGGUACAAACUUCAGGGAAAUGGAUGCAUUUAAAGGAAGGUCUCAGACAACCAAAGGUAUAUGGUUAGCAAGAUGUGCUGGCAUUGAGCCCUGUACUCUUGUAAUGGACUUGGAGGGAACUGACGGAAGGGAAAGGGGAGAGGAUGAUACUGCUUUUGAGAAGCAAAGUGCCCUCUUUGCCCUUGCUGUUUCAGAUAUAGUGCUAAUAAACAUGUGGUGUCAUGACAUUGGCCGUGAGCAAGCUGCAAAUAAACCUCUUUUAAAGACUGUAUUCCAGGUGAUGAUGCGAUUAUUUAGUCCGCGCAAAACAACUUUGAUGUUUGUUAUACGUGAUAAAACACGGACUCCAUUGGAAAAUCUAGAACCUGUUUUAAGAGAAGAUAUUCAGAAGAUAUGGGAUUCCGUUCCUAAGCCACUAGCCCAUAAGGAAACUCCUCUUAGUGAAUUUUUUAAUGUUGAAGUUGUUGCUCUGUCGAGUUAUGAAGAAAAGGAAGAGCAAUUCAAAGAGCAGGUUGCUAGUUUGAGGCAAAGGUUCUAUCAUUCUAUUGCACCGGGAGGGCUUGCUGGAGAUCGGCGUGGUGUUGUUCCAGCUUCAGGGUUUUCUUUUAGUGCACAACAAAUCUGGAAAGUCAUUAAGGAGAAUAAGGACCUUGACCUUCCUGCCCACAAGGUCAUGGUAGCUACCGUUCGCUGUGAAGAAAUUGCAAAUGAAAAGUAUUCCAAUUUUGUUGCUAACGAGGAGUGGUGUGAGUUGGAGGAGGCUGUACAAUCUGUUCCCGUUCCUGGUUUUGGGAAGAAGCUAAGUUCAAUUCUUGAUACCAGUCUAUCAGGAUAUGAUGCAGAAGUUCUGUAUUUUGAUGAAGUUGUCCGAUCUUCCAAGCGAAAGCAGCUUGAAGAAAAAUUACUGCAACUUGUCCAACCGACAUUCCAAUCUAUGUUGGGACAUAUAAGGUCUGGAACUCUGGAUGAAUUCAAGGAUGCAUUUGAUAAGGCUUUGAGUGGAGGGGAAGGGUUUUCCUCAGCUUCCCAUCGCUGCUUUACAUCUUUUAUGACUCAAUUUGAUGAAAGAUGUGCAGAUGUUGUAAUUGAACAAGCAAACUGGGACACUUCUAAAGCACGGGAUAAACUCCAACGUGAUAUAGAUGCACAUAUUGCAUCUGUCCGUGCUGCCAAGCUGGCUGAACUUACUACUCACUUUGAGUCAAAACUAAAUGAAGCAUUAGCAGGACCUGUGGAAGCUCUUUUAGAUGGAGCUAAUGAUGUCACCUGGCCUGCAAUAAAGAAACUUCUACAGAAAGAGACUAAAAGUGCUGUCUCUGGGCUAUCUGGUGCACUUUCUGGUUUUGACAUGGAUGAAGUAGCCAGGGAGAAAAUGCUUGUGAAUCUAGAGAAUUAUGCGAAGAGUGUGGUUGAAGCAAAAGCACGGGAAGAAGCCGGAAGGGUGUUGAACCGAAUGAAGGACAGGUUUACAACAUUGUUCAGCCAUGACUCUGAUUCUAUGCCGCGAAUUUGGACUGGGAAAGAAGAUGUUCGAGCAAUCACCAAAACUGCUCGCUCUGCUUCCUUAAAAUUGCUUUCCGUUAUGGCGGUGAUCCGUUUGGAUGAUGACACUGAUAAUAUUGAGAGUACACUUUCCAGCGCUUUGUUGGAUUCUACAAACAGUGCUGCUUCUACCAAUAGGGAGAUUUCAAAAUAUGAUCCCCUGGCCUCAAGCACUUGGGAGCAGGUUCCAUCCUCAAAAAUGUUGAUCACGCCUGUUCAGUGCAAAUCUUUAUGGAGGCAAUUCAAGUCCGAGACAGAAUAUUUUGUUACUCAGGCCAUUUCUGCUCAGGAAGCUAACAAACGCAACAACAACUGGUUACCACCUCCAUGGGCAAUUGUUGCCAUGGUUGUCCUUGGAUUUAACGAAUUUAUGACUCUUCUAAGAAAUCCCCUGUAUUUAGGUGUCAUCUUUGUUGGGUAUUUACUCAUCAAAGCCCUUUGGGUGCAGUUGGACAUUUCUGGUGAAUUCCGCAAUGGCGCUCUCCCUGGUCUUCUUUCCCUGUCUACCAAGUUCCUUCCCACAGUCAUGAACCUUCUCAAGAAACUAGCAGAGGAGGGGCAAGUACCUGUGACUAGUGAUCUUUCUAGAAACCCUGUGGUUAAUAGUGAUCCUCCCAGAAACCCUGCCAUUAAUAGUGAUCCUCCCAGAAACCCCGUCGUUCCAUCAAAGAACUACAGAAAUGGCGUAGGCACAAGUAGUGGACUGUCAUCAAGUGCCUCAUCUGAAAUAACUUCAUCCGGAAACAGAACUGAGCAAUCAAGUGCAUCAAAAGAAGACUAGAUGAAAAGCUCUUGAACAAAAGGAGUUCUUCUGUGUUAAAAGAUGCAAGUGCUGUGCUCGCCCACUAUGGGAUAUGGCACUGUGUAUGGCCCAUAAUUCCGACUCCUAUUCAACAUGUGAGCGCUAUUUAUCCGCAAGGCAUUAAUUUUUUGUGCAAGUGCCGCAUACAGGGGGAGUUUAAGAUUUGUUGUGAAAAAGUCUCCCAUUUAAUAGUUUCCAUUCCAUGUAGGUUAUUGAUUUAUGUUAUUGUUUGAGGGCCGUAUCUCUAAACAAUAGUAUGAUGGUCGUUGGUCUGGUUUUGCACCCAAUUUUUGUCACGUGUGUAAUGGUAUACCUGUGUUUGAUUUGAUUGCAUGUCAUUGAAACAUGUGGUGACCUUUUACCCUA